UACUGGAAAAAUAGGAUGCAGAUUUGGUUAGAAGCAAAUAGCUAUGAGAUGUGGGAUUGCAUUGCUAGAGGACCUUAUAAAGUGUUAGCUAGAGACAAGGAUAACCAACUUGUUCCUAAGGAUCCUGCAUCAUAUGAUCAAGCUGAAAAAAAGAAACUGCAGUUUAAUGCUCAAGCUAAAAAUGCAUUAUUUUGUGCUUUACAUCCUAGUGAAUAUGAUAGAAUUAGUGCAUGUGAUUCUGCUAAGGAAAUGUGGGAUAAAUUACAAGUGGCUCAUGAAGGAACUAAUGAUGUCAAGAAAUCAAAAAUUAACAUGGUGCUUCCGGAGGAAGAUAAGGUCAGAAAAAUUCUUCGUUCCUUGCCAAAAUCUUGGAGCUCAAUCAAGACAACAAUAGAAGAAGCUCAUGAUUUAAGUGCCAUGACUGUUGAGAUGCUGCAAGGGAAGCUCCUUACACAUGAAAUGGCCAUGAAAAAUUAUGAAAGUGAUGAUGAUUCUCGGAAGAAAAAAUCUGUAGCUUUCAAAAGCUCCUCCAAAGAUGAAAGUGACAGUGAUGAAGAGGAUGAUGAAGAAUUUAUAGUGCUUGCUCGAAAGUUUAAGAGUUUCCUAAGGAAAGAGAAGCUGAAGAAUCAAGGACAACAAAAGAAAGAUUACAAAAGCGGUAAAGGAAAGGGAGAAAGCAGUAAAAAGGAUGAGAUUAUUUGCUACAAAUGCAAGAAGGCUGGACAUAUUAAAUCUGAGUGUCCAAACUAUGGUAAAAAAAGUCUAAAAGCCAAAAAGAAAAAGAAGGCAAUGGUUGCCACAUGGAGCUGCAGUGAGGACUCAUCUUCUAGUGAAGAAGUAAGUGACAUGGAAGCUCAUAUUUGUCUCAUGGCAAAUGAUGACGCAAAUGAGGUAAAUUCCAUCUCUUCUUCUAAUUUUGAUCAUGCUAGUGAUGAUGAAAUGCCAUAUGAAGAUUUGCAAGAUGCAUUUAGUACAUCUGAUGAGCUCUACAAUGCCUCACCACAUGCUUUAACUAGUUUUGUAGAAGAUGAUCUACUUGUUGUAUGGAACGGUUUAAUUUAUAUGCACGCAAAUUGUGGUGAUCUCGGUACUGCUCGCUUCUUGUUCGAUGAAGUUGUUGCCUGGAAUGCAAUGUUUGCUGGGUAUUGUAAGAGCGGAAGUUGGCCAGAGAUUGUGAAGUUGUUUUACAAAAUGCGGGAUGAGGACGGUCGGUUUAAUGAGGUUACUUUGAUGAGCGUUUUGACUGCGUGUGGGAGGCAAGGCGAUGUAAGGAGGCAGAUGCAAAUGGCAAAUAUUGAUCCCAGUGAAGCUACUAUAGUCAGUGUGCGUUAUUCUUGUGCUGUACUCGGAGCUCUAGAAACAGUCACUUGGACAGUGCUAAUUCAAGGUCUUGCUUGUAAUGGACAAGGAAAAAGGGCCUUGAAGUUCUUCCAUUUGAUGAGAAGAAGAGAUAUCAAAUCAAAUGAUGUUACUUUCAUCGGAGUUCUUUCUGCUUUUAGUCAUAGUUGUGUAGUUGACGAGGGCCAGGAAUUCUUUAUCAGCAUGAGUAGAGAUUUUGGAAUUGAACCAGGUAUGGAGCACUAUGGUUACAUGAUUUUCUUGGUUGAGCUGGAUUGAGUGAAGAAGCAUCAAGCAUAUCAGUCCAUAAAGAACAUUCCUAUCCUACCCAAUGCUGUUAUCUGGAGAACACUUUUGGCAGUAUGCAGGGCUCAUCAUAAAAGUGAAAAGAUUGG